CUUCUUCUCGUUUUUGCUUUAUCUUUACAUUUUUGCUUCUUUUUCUGACUAUCGUGAAUUGCAUGCACUUGGAUAUAUUUAUGUAUUCUUGUGUUAGCUGGGAAUUUUGUUCAUUUGGGGUUUGAUUUUUGUUUUCUUUUCUGGAAUUUAUACUUGCUUUCUGGGUCCAUGUGUUUAUAGUUAUAUACAACUUUUUCUCAGUUCCAUUUUCCCUUUUUUUUAGAAAUCUUUAUUUUUGAUUGAUAAAUGUUUUGUAACCGAUGAAAGUUGUAAUUCUUUGGUGAAUUCGAUAGUUGUUUUAAGUUUUCUGUGUUUCUUGAUAACAUGCCGAUAAUUGAUAAGCAACAAAUUGAAGUCUUCAUGCAGAGAAGUGGAACAAGAAAGGAAAAAGGAACAAAGGGUUUAUCUACCUACCAAUUGAAUGUGUUCCUGUUGUUACUGGAGUUGUGCCCUUCAAUUGAAAUUGAUGAGAAGACUAUUGACUGCAUUUUGGCAUGAAAUUCUUUGUGGAAAAUGAUACGUUAGUUCAGUACAAGACCUGCAAAACCAUGCAGCCAAAGCCUAAAAGGUCGGACAGAAUAGAUGUGAAUCUAUAUGAUGUUCCACAUUCUACUGUAUGUUCUGAUCCAUGGUGGAGUACCAUGGGCUAUAACUCCAUUUCAACUACUAUGAUGCGGGGAAGUGUAUCAGAGUCAUCGUCCCUGGAGCAAUCCAUGGAUGGUCAGUCACAGUCUGAUAGUAGAAUAAAUGAGGAAGAUGAAGACAGUGCCAAGCAAUCACAGAGUGUGGUAAAUCAACAUCCAGAUGGAAAUUAUGCACAAGAGAUAAUAACUUCCAGAGAAUCGCGUCACAGCCAUCCUCCAUCCAAAAAGCAAUGA